AAGAAGAAAUAAAGAAAAAAGUGCCAAAAAAUGAAGUCUGCGUCAAAACAAGAAAUAAAUUUCGAUGGAACUGAUACUGUUUCCAAAAGCAAAAGAUUAAGAUUCGAUGAGGAGGGAGAAAUUGAAGCGCCGAAAAAACCAAAAUUAUUGCUAGAAAGUGAUGAAGAGGAUGAGGAAUUUGUAUUUCCAGAGGACAGUGAAUUUAAAUCCAAAUCAAGAGCUAAGUUGGCAAAACUUCAAUCCUCAAUUGGAACUGAUGAACGAUUUGCUGUGGACGAGCGUUUCUUGGAGGAUGAAGACAUUGAGGAUGAUCAGCAGAAGGAAGAGGAGGAAAUUGAUGAACAUAUCGAUGAAAAAACAAAGCAAUUGGAAAUUUUAGGAAGUAUUCUUGGAAAGCCAAUAGCUGCUAAAAAGAGUCCUGAAAAGGAUAAAAAGGCAAAAAGUAUUGGAGGAAUGAUAAGAUAUGAUCCCGCUGAUGAACAACAUCAGGAAUAUGAAAUUUUACCCGAGAAAAAAGAGAAAGUCAAGAAGAAGAAAAAGAAAGAAAUUGAAAUUGUCGAGAAACCUGAAGUGCCAGAAGUUUCAAAAGAACGUUCUUAUGUGAUUACUGAUUCGAAAUUGUUAACAUCAGUUUUUGGAAAGGAGGAAAAAAUUAGUUUAUUGCAAGCAUUUGGAAAAGAAGCGCCAGAAUCGGAUAACGAGAAAGUUGAAACAUCUUGUGAAUCUAGUUCAAAAAAUAAAAUAUUUGGAUUCAGUUCAAGCAGGGCUUUCAAGUACGACACUUCUGAUGAUGAAGAUGUAACUGAAGAUUCAAAGAAAACAGAAAGAAAAUUUGAAUCAGAAAAGAUAGAAUCUUCAAAUUUCAUUGGUAGCACUGAUAGGUUUUUUUUCAUCAUUGACGAUUCUCGAUUUCAAGAAUGUGAAGAAUUUUUCAAGAAACCAUCAGAACACAGUGAAAAUUUGAAGACCCUUCGUCCAAAAUUGAAGCAAACUAUAAGGAAGAGAAUUCGAACAAAUUUGAAAAAGAAUUCCACACAACGUAAAAGGUUAAGGAAAAAGUACUAAUCUUCCAAUAGAAAGUUCAGCGGAUAAUUACCUCGUGAAAUGUAUCAACAAGAUCGAGAUAGCAAGAUUUUUCUCGGAAAUGAAUUUGAAGAAGUUGAUAGAUCAUUUGCUCAACUAAAAUUCCAUCAUUAACGGCUGCAAGUCCGAUAUCG